GGACCUGGCCUGACUGGUUCGGGUUUCAUUCGUCUCAGCCCUCACAGCAAGUAGUUGAUUCUGUACUGACCCAUUGACUUUUGUCGGAUAAUUAUCAAGUCUCGCUAAUUUUCCAUUUGAGAAGCAAUUUGUCAAAGCUAAAGGAGCCCAGAGUUUAGGAUCAUCGUACUGGUGUCAGCCGUCGGCACCAAACACCUCCGGGACAGUUCAGUGUAAACUAUCGGAGGAUAAAACAUCCCGCGAUGUUUAACCCGCACAUCCAUCACCAGCAGCAGCAGCAACAACAUCAGUUUCACCAGCACCUCCGGCAGCUUCAGCAACUUUUCCAGCAGCAGCAGCCUCCGCCGCCUCCUCCACCGCAGCCGCCUCCAGCGCACCAUGUCCCCCAUCACCACCAGACUCCGCGAGCCAUGCCUGUUCCUCCUCAGUCAGCCCCUCAUCCUCGGAUGGUCAACCUGUGCCAGGCGACCCAGACAACCAUCAUUGCUCCCAAUCCGAUGCUGCAGGGUGCUCUACUGAUGCAGCAGAUGCAAGGCAGCAUGAGGGGCUUUGGGAUGGGUGGGCAGCAGUUCCGACAGUUCUUUGCCACAGGGACCAGGUCCUCUCUGCUUGGGCCAGUUCCCAUGGGAAUGGGAAUGAAAUCCCCCAUGAUGGGUUUCCGUGGUGCUCGGCCUUUCCACCGUCAUCCUCGCUUCUACAACGCCACCACUUCCACAUCCUCUACUUCUACAGCCUCUACUUCCACUGCAACCUCCAUCUCUACCACGGACGCUGCAGCUCGUCAGACAGACAGGAAGAGGGACAGCGAGCAGAUGGCUGCAGGAACCACAGACGACCAACAAGCAGCAGCCCAAAGCAGCAGUGAAGAUGCUGAUAAGCCUCAAACAGACACUGAGGUAGGAGGAGUGGAAGGGGGAGAGAACUCAGAGGAGCAGCUUGAAGAACCUGCAGCAAAGCGGCAGAGAAUAGAAGGGUCAGAAGAACCUAAUGAUGAAUAUGUGGUUGAGGAUGUCACUGCAGAGUUCAACACUGAUGUUUUGGAUAAUCAAUCUGAAGAAUGCACCAUUCAGGAGGAUGAAAACACCAACUGGAGAUCAGAUGGUGACGAGGUACUGGAGGAGCCUACUGCUGACCAGAUUUACAGCUGUUUGCUGACCCAGUCUCCCCCUCAUACGCUGAGUGAAGAUGACCAGCAGGAAGAUCUCCCAGCAGAGGACAACGAUGCUUUGCUGGCUUCACCAGAGAACCAGGAUGAAGAGGAGGAAGCUGUAGCUGAGAGCUCAAACAAGUUCUACUGCUACCUUUGCAGCAUCACCUGCCACAACCAGCAAAAUUUCAGGAGUCACAUGAACAGCAUUUCCCACCAGCAGAGGAUGAUGGAAAUCCAACACAUGAGCAACGCCUGCCUGGUCAGCCUGCUGCCCCGAGUGCAGGAGUCUCUUCAGGGAGCAAACAAGGAUGGAGAGAAAAAAGACGCUAAGCAAUGGUGUGCCACGUGUCAUACGCGCUUCACCUGUAGCAUCGGGGAGCACCAUCGCUCUCAAGAGCAUAAGCUUGCAAGUAGAAUUGACAUCUCCUUCUGCGCUGUUUGCAAGAAACACUUCAAGACAUCCGAGGACUUUAUAGAGCAUUUGCACUCCCAGGAGCACAGACGGAAGCUCCAGGAAAAAGACUGCGACGCUUUGGCCAAGCUGAGUGCUCUGGACACGGACGGCUUUUCGCUAGAAGAGAAGGAGGGAGAAGAGGAGUGGCAGGAAAAUGAAGGAGACGAAGAACAGGAUGGCUGGUCCUCCCUUAAAGAUGUGACCCAAUAUGAUGCAACCAGUGAUGAGCAGUAUAACCCUGACACGGUCUAUGGAUCCAGUUUUUUAGAUCCAGUUGCAGGUUUUAUCUGCAGACUUUGCAACAAGUUUUACCUCCUUGAGUCUUCGGCCCUGCACACUCACUGCAAAUCACUGAAGCACUUUGAGAACCUCAAGAGGUACAGAGUGUUGCAGAGUCAAGAAAGUGAACCUAUUCCACCAGCUGACCGCUUCAAACCAGCAACAGAAACCAGCUCAGACUGUUCACAAGAGAAUAACAUGAAGCCGGUCGUUACAGUCACCCGACUGAAAAUGGAGGAAGAAAACCAGCUGGAAGAGGAACAACCAGAAACUGACACAGCCUCACAGGAUUUAGGCAUCGCAGCACCCAGCAGCCCAGAUGAAAACCUCAGCGUUCAUCAUGAGGAUAGAACCAUCACAUCCCAGGUGUCUGCAGCUCAGGAGAGUCCAGCUGAGGAGGUCAACUCUGGGUUGGCAGCUGCAGAGGAGGAGGAGUCCAAUGGAGAGGAGGAGGUUCCUGCUAGCCAAGGGAAGAAAAACAGCACAGGGAAGGCAAAAACCACUGCAAAACGAAGGUCAGGGAGGUCCACAGCGAGCAGACGCUGAGUUCAAGGCACAAUAUGGAAUAGAAAACAUCUGAUGUAGUCUCCUGGACAGAACAUAUUGGCCCAUUGUCUCUCCAUGCUGAACAUUCAGAGGAAAUCGCAUCAAUAAAUCAGAAGAUUGGUUACUAAAUGGCAGUAGAAGGGUGCCGCUCGUUAAAAUUUCUCUGGGGUGGGAAAUAACAGCUGUUAGACAAAUGUUAAUAUAAUCAACUGUGCGUAAGGCCCUUUGUUUAGACUCACACAGUUGGAUAUGAUUUUUUUUUUUUUUUUUUUUUUGUUCAGACCAUAUUCUGUCCUCACAACCAGGAUACAUUAAUAAGUUAUUCGUAUGUACUUGAAUUUUUAAAUAAGGAAAGUCCUCAUGGUAAUUAUCCAUCUCAAAACUCUUUACAUUGAAAUAAAGUUCUGCUUUCAUAUUACCGGUACGUGUGAGUAUACUGCGGACAUUUAGUGAACGAACGCCACAAAAAGAUGAUACAAACCGAAAAAAAUUAUAAAUUGCGGCUUAAUCAGCUUUUUCAGUUUUUGCAUAAAAGACGGGACAGGACGCCAUUGUUCACAGCUAAAAACACGACAACUCUUAGGUUUGAAAUGUUCUCGCAAAUGUUAUUUUCCACCCUGCGGUCCUCAAGUCAGGAGUUUAAUGAGAACAUUUCGAAGCUUUUGAUUCUUAAGC